UGACCCUGAGGAGAGGGACAGCAGAGAGAGAUCGCUGUCAUUGUCGCUCACUUGACCCUGAUAUCAGCGCAAUAACAAUGUCUUCCCCCGCGGCUGCUGCGCCCCUGGCGACUCCGGCCAAAUCUCCCAAGAAGAGAGCCAGGCCUCAGAAGAAGACUGGUCCCUCGGUGUCAGACCUGAUACUGAAGGCUGUCUCCACGUCCACAGGCCGCGGCGGCAUGUCCCUGGCAGCCCUGAAGAAGGCCCUGAAGGCCGGAGGAUACGACGUGGUGAAGAACAGAGCAAGAAUUGUCAUCGCCAUCAAGCGCUUAGUGGCCAACAAAUCUUUGGUCCAGACAAAGGGCAGCGGGGCAUCGGGCUCCUUCAAGCUGAACAAGAAGCCUCCCACACCUCGAAAGAAGAAGGUGGUGAAGAAGAAGAAGCCAAAGACGAAAAGGGCCAAGAAGGCUGGCGCCAAGAAAGCGGCAGCAGGUGCCUCUCCAGCGGCCAAGAAGUCACCUAAGAAGAAGAGGAAACCAAAGAGUCCCAAGAAAGCGAAGAAGCCUGCUGCAGCCAAGAAGCCCGCUGCAGCCAAGAAGCCCAAGAAGGCAAAGAGCCCCAAGAAGCCCAAACGUAAGGUCGCCAAGACCACCAGGACCAGGGCUGCUGCCAAGAAGUGAGAAGUCUCAUGAUAAACGCUGAAUGCUGACCGAACGCCUUUGUGGAGGCGGUGAACUUGUGCGUGGACUUAACUUGUGCAUUCAUCCCAAGUACUUGAGUUUGCUUUAGCUAUUUUACAUUUUUUCUAGAUUAGAAACUACUGAAACUGCUGCUUUUACAGCCCCGCCUUGUUCUGUAAAGAACUGCAUUGAUGGAAAUAAUAAACCUAUUUUAAUUUA